AGCUGUUUUUCAGAAAUAACAAAGUCGUUGAGCUUCACACACAAUGAAUAAUAAUAUAUUCGUUUUGUUGACAAUCAUGUUUCAUCUUUACCAGACUACAGCACACUUUUGCUACGGAUUUUUUCCAGCAGCAGUCACGCUGUCGUUUCUACCUGUAGGAGAUGCUCCAAGUAUACCAAACACCAACCAAUCAAUCAAUAGUAUAACAUGUCCACGUACACAGAAGGACUGGGACGACAGAGCUUAUGAAAUGUGUCCAGAGAAUAAAACACGAUACCAAUGUUUGUACGACAGACAUUGCAGACUAGUUGAAGUUUGUAAAGUUCCUCAAUUUAAUUAUAUUGACAUUGUUUUGUUUGAUAAGACAGAUAACACAUUUUAUAAUAAAAGGCUAAAUAAAAUAUAUUCUAAUUCAAUGGAUUACUGGAUGAUACAGUACUUCUACUGUCACAAACAUUUCAACACGUCAAAUCCGUUAGUAAUUGAGGACGGAGUUAAAACUAUAGAAAAGCCUCCGUGGGAUUAUUAUUUUGCUUGGAGUUUAGUGAUAGUACUACUCGUUAUUUUGAUUGUCAUUGGUCUAGUUAAUCGUCAUAUUUGCUUAAGCAUUCUACGGUCAUCAUACCAAUCCUGUUUGAACUACUGUAACGGUUCCAGACAAGAAAAAGAUAACGACAAAAAGGAAAAUGUACCUAAAUUGGAAUCCUCUCCUCCGGAUUAUCAUCUAAGCAGUACAGUUGACAGCAAUGGUCCAUCCCUAAACCACUCUAACAACGAAUACACGUCUCUCGGUGUUGAGGAACGAUAAAGACUCGAGCACUCUCAAGUUUUACCAGAACUUUUUCAUACUCCAUUUACUAUUAAAGCGAUUUAACAAUAACAAGAUGAGGGUUGUCUUUAAAACAGUUCGUGAUACUUCUUACAUUUACCGUGAAUGCAUAUGAAUUUAUUAUAUAAUAUUAGUGAAGGCAUUGUUAUCGGAAAAUUUCAAUUUACAAAUUGUAAAUCGAGAAAGAAAGUGGUUAAUGUUAUGUCUCUAAUUAUGCUUGUCAAAUGUCAUUUGAAUCUAGAAAAUGUUUUUAACUUUAUUUUGAAAAUUUGUUAGAAGAUGGUUGCAAUUUUAAGAUUUACUUAUGUAAAAAGUUUUAUCUUUAAUUUUCACAUUGUGUGGUAUUUUUGUUUUUUCUUCAUUUAUCACAAUUUUAUAAUUUUCAUCUUUAUCACAAUUUUAUAAUUUUUAUCUUUAUCAUAAAUUGAAAUAUGUGUUUUAAUCCCGGCGCUUUU